UUCAGGCUAGCACACAUCAUAGCUGAGAGGGCUUCACUGAUGCCUGUCUUACUGAUGAUUCCGAUGGAGAUUCUUUGGCGUGGAAACAUGCAGCAGGGUAAUUGUAUUUAGUGAGAAAAGCAUUAAGAAGUCUGAAAAAUGUGCAGUUAAGUGGAUGGAAGUGGAAGAAAGUCUUGAAAGCGAAGUCCCUGCUGAGGUGCUGCAACACAAAAUUGUGAAACUUUGUGAAUCAACUCAAACUGAAAGCUCUCCCGUGGUCUGGGGCCUCGAACCCUCCGUUGCUGGGACGGUCUUGACUCCCGUAGCCGGCGGCGAUCGGCUCCUGCUUCGGGGGGAUGUCAGCUCCCCCGUGCCGGAUGAUCGGACCCCGCGCCAGGGCUGGUCGAGCCUUCGCGAUGUUGGAGCACCGAACAAGCACGGCCUCUCCCGCGACUGCCAGCUCUUGAUGAACUGUCAUACUUUCAUUCAUAAAUUCAACCUGUGCGCUGUGUCUCUAUCAGAGUCGCACUUUUCCUUGUCGGAAGUCGGAAAGUCCCGAGUUCCCAGUACAAUGGAACGCAGCAUUAUAAUAGCCAUACAGAGGCUUCCGUCCAUCGCCCGUGACCGUGGUGACCGCCCGUGACCUAGACCUGACUUCACGUCACCAAGACGACAGCGAUAUCAACUCAGUCGGCGCCGAGGUGAUGUCCAGCGGCUCAACAGUAAAUAUGAAGCAGAAGCAACAAACUACCCUUAGCCAUUUAAAAAAAAAAAACAAGCCUGCUUCUGCCUCGGAUGACACUCCAGCAGUCACUAGGACGUUAGAUGAAGAAGAGGGAACUACAGCGGAGCCUGAUGCCAGCAGUGUAUCGGGUUGUGUUAUUUGCAGCUCAACAAAAUCUACUGGCGUCUUAACAGAGAAAAGAAUUUCCAUAUCUGAGGAGUGGGCGAUGUUUAAGAUCCAGUCAUCAGGCUCAAGCAGACCAACAGCCCUGGCCUCCUUGAGAAACAAGAUCAGACGGCAUGUGAUGUCCAGGGCACACGAAAUAGCUCAGGAGCUCACUGAAAAGGGUGGACAGGAUUUACUUGGGAAUCUUGUGAGAGCUGUGUCAGACACUGUGUUAGCUGAGACAAAUGCUGUAUUCAGAACAGCAUAUUAUCUUGCCAAGAUGAACCGACCUUUCUCUGACCAUGACAAUCUCAUUGCACUUCAGGAAAAAAACGGUGUCAACAUGGGCACAAGUCUGCACUCAAGGUCAGUUCAACAAAAAUUGUGGAACACAUAGCAAAAAAGAUGCAGACAAAAACAGAGCAUGCAGCAGCAGCAGCAAUAAAUGUCCUGUGCAAAAG